AUGUCCGGUUCAGAGAGUCCAGAGAAGUCAGAAUUGGCUUCCGCUAUCGAAGAUCAAGUACAGGAAUGGUCGACCAGCAGCAACGAUGCGCUUCAGAUCUCACUUUAUCGCGGUAACAAAGUCGUGUCAGACUUCGGACCUGCCCAAACAUAUCCAAUCUUUGGCGAAGAAGAAGCAAUCUUUGGCUACCGCGGACUGAACAUAUCGCUUUCGCUGGCUGCACACAAUCUAAGACCGCACAUGGACAUCUCCUGGACAGAAAAGUUCACUCAGAUAGGCGACAUCAAGGCGUCCGACAUCCGAGAAGCUCUAGAAGACUUUAUUCCAGAAUCAGCCUUUGCUACAAAAUCUCGAGCCGAAGCUCUCGCCGACCCUGAUGCUGCGUCAUUCACGCCCCCGGGCAUCCUCCUACACUCUUACACACAUGAAGACCACAGGUUCGAGGUCUGGAAAGCAUCAUUGUCUGAUGAGGGAGCCAGAGAAAUCAUGGACAACGUUCAAACACUGGUUCCCAUGUUCAUUGAGGGAGGCACCAUUCUUACACUUGACGAGCCUUGGGUCGCAGACCGCUGGACGCUCUUCACCUUGUACCAAGUUGACAAGAAGGCCGCAAACACAUCGCCAUACGUCUUUGUUGGAUUCUCAACAUCCUACCGUAUAUUCACAUUACCUGAUCGUCGCGAUCCUUCAGAGCACGAUCUCGCCCUACUCCAACACAACGAGACAGACAUGGAUGCGAUACUUCGCCGAUGGAACUCGGAAACUGCGGAUGAAGACGAGGCACUCCUCAAGACUCCCUUGCAACUGCCCAGCCGUGAGCGCAUCUCCCAGUUCCUGAUCAUACCGACGCAUCAACACUCUGGACAUGGUGCCGCGCUGUACAACACUGUGUUCACUGAUCUUAUCGCUCCUGAUAAUGUCUCCGAGUUGACGGUCGAGGACCCCAACGAGGCAUUUGACGACAUGCGUGAUGUCUGUGACUUGCUCUGGCUUCGAAAGAAUAAUGAUGAUUUCGCAUCAUUGAAGAUCGAAACUCAGAUCGAUAGCAACAAACUCAAGAUGAAUGAGGACAUCCCAGUGGAUGACAUCGUGUCCGGUGACGCCAGAGCUCGCAUCAAGAAGACCAGCAAGAUUAUGCCUCGUCAGCUGGGUAGACUUGUCGAGAUGCAGACUUACUCAAAGAUACCCAAGCUAAAUCGAUCGAUGAACCGGAUCUCGAGAAAGGAGAAGAGCACUAACGAGAUGGAUCGUGCUUAUUACCUAUGGCGUCUGUACGUCAAACAGCGCCUUUACAUUUCUAACCGCGACGUACUCUCCUCAUUGGAACGCGAGGAGCGCGCCGAGAGACUGGACGCAACAAUCGAGAACAUCCAGGUGGACUACAAUCGUCUACUUGAGCUUGCGGAUAAGCGCGCUACUCAUUCGGUCGACAACCAGACCACAACCAGCAGUGGCGCACCGAAGCGCAAGAAGAAGGUCGUCCUAGAGUCUGACGAGGAUGAAGAUGACGCUUCAGCAGGCAAUGUGGCACCUGCUUCCUCAAAAAAGAAGAAGAGAAAAACUACUUAG